AUGUGGCGCGGCAUCAGCGGAGCCCGCACAUCGCGCCCUCGUCGGUCUGGUCUCCUCUCUCUCCAAGUUGAUGAGGUUGGGCAGCCGGCCUCGCCUGUUCUUUUGGCAGCGGUCGACUUCUCGCAUUCUUCGAAGGGAGACACACAACCGUCUCUCGAACUGUUCGAGGCUGCUGACAGGUUUUUGCGGUGGUCGUGUGGCCCUUCCAGCGGCCCCACACCGUCCCUUCCCGGUUUCCUCUCGUCUCCUCUCCCCUCUUUGUCGUCUCGGGCCUCGCUUCGCGCCACGCCUCACGUUCUCCGGCAGGAGCGCAGUGGGGAACCACAACUCCGCGGGCUCUCGGGUCUGCUGAAGCGUCGAGCUGAGAGGCAAAGUGGGCGCCACUAUGAUCACGGCGACGCGCAUGCAGGCACCGGUGCCACGACCCUGAGGAGCGCGACCGGCACGUGUGGGCCGCAAGGCAGACCCCGCAUCGUUUGCACAGGUCUGGGUGUCGUUAGCGGAGUUGGCCUCGGCAUCGACGAGUUCUGGAAGAAUCUCAUUGCUGGCACCAAUGUCAUUGACAAGGUCACCCGAUUCGACCCUUCGGCUAUGACCUGCCAGAUCGCUUGCGAGGUUUCCGACGACAAGUUCGACCCCAGAGCCUACUUCACCGACCCGAAGGAAGUGAAGCGAAAUGACCGGUACACGCACUUUGCCGUGGCCGCGGCUCGCAUGGCCAUGGAGGAUGCAGGCUUGUCCCCAGGCGCGCCCAACGUGAAUGCUGAACGUUUUGGCAUCGUUGUGGGUAGCGGCAUAGGUGGACUCGAUACCAUGGAGAAGGAGAUGAAGGUUUUGCAAGAGAAGGGGCCUCGACGCGUCUCUCCUUUCCUCAUUCCCGCUAUGAUUGCGAACACCGCGUCGGGGAUCAUGGCAAUCGAACUCGGAGCGAAGGGCCCGAACCACGGAGCGGUGUCUGCAUGCGCCACAUCUGGGCAUGCCGCAGGCGUCGCGCUCCGCUACUUGCAGAUGGGCGAGGCGGAUAUCAUGAUUUGUGGAGGGGCGGAGGCGUCCAUCACUCCGCUUAGUUUCGCGGGAUUCAAUGCUUUGAAGGCUAUGGCCCAGGGAUUCAAUGACGACCCCAAACGGGCCUCCAGACCCUUCGACAAAAAACGAGCAGGCUUCGUCAUGGGCGAAGGUGCCGGCAUCAUGGUGUUUGAGACUGAGGAGCACGCGCUUCGACGUGGAGCGCCGAAAAUCUAUGGAGAAGUCGCCGGAUAUGGUGCGAGUUGCGACGCGCAUCACAUCACGGCUCCGGCGCCCGACGGCUCUGGACUCGCCCGAUGUUUGCAGAACGCCAUAGCAGACGCGGGCAUCGACAAGCGGGAGAUCGGUUACAUCAAUGCGCACGGCACGUCCACUCCAAUGAAUGACCGCAUCGAGACUGCCGCGUUCAAGAAAGUGUUUGGAGACGAACAGGCAAAGCAGCUGUUGAUCUCGUCGACCAAGAGUAUGACAGGUCACUGCUUAGGAGCAACGGGUGGGAUCGAGGCAUGCGUCUCGGCGAAAGUCUUGGAGACUGGCGUCGUGCCCCCGACCAUCAACCAAGAAGAGGCAGACCCCGACUGCGACUUGAACUACGUGCCAAACAAAGCUUACAAAUCACCGACGCCUUUCGAGGCCGUUCUCACGGACACUUUGGGCUUCGGAGGCCACAACGCAGCGUUGCUUCUCCGGCGAUAUAGAAAUCGUCCUCAAUGA